AUGGAUUCGUCGGCGCAAACUACGACGAUCAAUACGCAAACAUCAUCUGCAUCGUCAUCACGAGACUCGUCGCCUAACACACCCAUCACACCUUCGUCGCCCGCAUCAUCGGCAGGCAGCGGCUACUUCCAACGAUCAUCAUCGUCUGCGCCGAACUCGCCACAGGUCCCGUACCACAUCAUUGUCACAUUCGAUGGCAAGGUGCGCGAGAUGCUAAGGAUAGAGAGGCAGAGUGAGGAUAUGGGUGAGGAGCGGAGGUCGAGGAGGACGACGCCUCGACCGAGGUAUUAUGCGAGGAGCACAGAAGAAUAA